UGUCAACAGUAUUCCGAGUUGAACAGUUCAUUACAGAAACAGCAUUUCAAACUAUUUUCUACAGCUCCUGAUGUCUUCACUUCAGGACGUUUGGCAAGCGGGAGAGUGAAUUUGGACGUUGGCAAAGUGCUUUUGUGCACGAAUUGACUUGCAAGUUGUGGCUUUGGAGAAGCCAACAUGGAGAAGCGAAAAGAGUUGCUGGAGAGAAAAGUCCGAGACCCAAGGAGUGAGCUAUUUGUUGACGGGCUUUUGGAUGGUAUAGAGGCGCUUGUGAACGAUUGUAACUACCCACAGAUUCGUCGGAACAAGAAUGUUGAGAACUUCGUACAACGGUAUGAGGGGCCGUCGAGAAUUAUCCAAGAUAACAGAUUACGGUCGAGCGAUUUUCAMAUUCUCAAAGUAAUCGGACGUGGAGCUUUUGGCGAAGUUCAGUUGGUUCGGUCAAAGUAUACCAAGAAGGUUUACGCUAUGAAGUUAUUGAGCAAGUUUGAAAUGAUUAAAAGGUCUGACUCGGCUUUCUUCUGGGAGGAGCGAGAGAUCAUGGCUCAUUCUAACAGUGAUUGGAUUGUAAAGCUUCAUUAUGCCUUCCAAGAUGAAAAAUAUCUUUACAUGGUCAUGGACUACAUGGCAGGUGGAGAUCUUGUCAAUCUCAUGAGUAAUUAUGAAAUCCCUGAGAAAUGGGCCAAGUUCUAUUGUGCCGAGGUUGUGCUGGCAYUGGAUGCAAUACAUUCAAUGGGAUUUAUACACAGGGAUGUSAAGCCAGACAACAUGUUAUUAGAUCGUGAAGGCCAUUUGAAAUUAGCMGAUUUUGGAACUUGUAUGAGAAUGGAUAAGGAUGGGAUGGUGAGGUCAGACACUGCUGUUGGAACCCCUGACUAUAUAUCACCUGAGGUUCUCAAGUCCCAAGGAGGGGAAGGACAUUAUGGAAGAGAAUGUGACUGGUGGAGUGUAGGAGUAUUUUUAUAUGAAAUGCUUGUUGGUGAUACACCGUUUUAUGCAGAUUCUUUAGUUGGAACAUAUGGUAAAAUUAUGGAUCACAAAAACUCACUACAGUUUCCAGAAGACAUUGAGAUGUCUGGUCAAGCUAAAAGCCUUAUUAAAGCAUUUCUWAUAGACAGACAACAAAGACUUGGAACAACUGGCAUCCAUGAAAUUCAACAGCAUAAAUUCUUCGUCAAUACGGAAUGGGACUGGAAUAAUAUAAGAGAAGCAAUCCCUCCAGUGGUUCCUGAGCUUAUUGGUGAUGAUGACACUUCUAAUUUUGAUGAAAUUCCUGAACCUGAUGCAGGAGAAGAGUUCUUCCCAAUACCCAAGGCAUUUGCUGGUAACCAUCUACCAUUUAUAGGAUUCACAUAUUCGAAGGAAGCCAGGUGGACUGGUGGUGGUCYCCCAGCAGACGUCCUGGUAAGUGGGGAUGGCCACACAUAUUCUAACCAGAACUCAAGUAAAGAGGCUGAAGCAGCAAAGCUUAAAAUUCAACAACUUGAAAGUGACUUAGGAAUUGCACUUACUUCUAAAGGAGAUUUGGAAAACAAUUUAAGAGCUGCCACUGCUAAGCUUGAGAAAGUGCUCAGAGAAUUUGAGAGUGAGGCUGAAGGCCGUAGAAAUACUGAGGCUGCAAAUAGAGAAUUAGAAAGAGAUGCUGCUCAGAUGAAAUAUGAUCUUAGAGAGAUCCAAAGAAAAUUGGAAUAUGAAACUGAUGUUAAAAGAAAGUAUGAAGUCAAAGCCCAAGAACUUCAGGGACGUCUGGAUGCAGAGCUUGAUGCAAGAGACAAGAUCUCUCAGUCAUCACAAAAUGUCCAAACCAAAAUUACGUAUUUAGAAAAACAGAUUGCUGAAUUGCAAGCAAACUUGAAGACUGAAAGUGAUGGCCAUGCAAAGAACAAAAAGGCUUUGGGAGAUCUCCAAAAGUCAUAUGCAGUUCUUGAAAGAUCAUAUGGAGACCUUCAGGAGAAGAACAGAGUACUAAGCGACCAGAAGUUAUCGCUGGAAAGAUCACAUAUCAAAGUUCAAGCUAGUUUAGAAGCUGAGUUCAACAUGAGAGUCCAAGCGAACACUGCUAAAGCAGAUCUUGAAUCACAAUAUCAAGCAAUCAAAGAUGAAUAUGAACAACUCAAAGCAAGGACUGCUUCCGAUGCACAUUUACAACAGAAACUGCAACAAGAUUUGAUCAACCUUGAAAAGGCUAAAGCCAAUACAGAGUUUGAACUGAAGUCAUUACAGCAGAAGUUUGAUCAAGCAACACUGGAUUACAAGUCUCAAAUAUCGUCAUUCAUGACUGAAAAGAAGCGUUUGUCACUCACACUUGAGGAGCAGCACAUUCAAGAACGAGUUGAGCAAAGUAAAACAAUGGAAAGACUCAAGGUAGAACAAGAAYUGAGGGCCAAGGCUGAAGCYGCUGCUGCUGAAGCAGAGAGAGCAAAGACUGUUAUGGCUGCAGAUUAUAAGGAUGUUACUCAGAAGUUUGAGAGAGUGAAAGAAGAACUCAAGGCUCUUCAAGAGAAGAGUGAGAACACCAAUCAUAAAUUGAUAGCUGAGUCUCAAAAAAGAGCGCAACUUGAAGGAGAACUUGAGGCUCGAACCCAAGAACUUGCAACAACCAAAAGUACAGAGAGUCAGAUCCAAAAGCAAAUGGAAAGUAUAUUGGAAGAAAAAAGGCAACUUGAAGAAGGUUAUUCUAAAUUAAAGAGGGAUGGCCACACAUAUUCUAACCAGAACUCAAGUAAAGAGGCUGAAGCAGCAAAGCUUAAAAUUCAACAACUUGAAAGUGACUUAGGAAUUGCACUUACUUCUAAAGGAGAUUUGGAAAACAAUUUAAGAGCUGCCACUGCUAAGCUUGAGAAAGUGCUCAGAGAAUUUGAGAGUGAGGCUGAAGGCCGUAGAAAUACUGAGGCUGCAAAUAGAGAAUUAGAAAGAGAUGCUGCUCAGAUGAAAUAUGAUCUUAGAGAGAUCCAAAGAAAAUUGGAAUAUGAAACUGAUGUUAAAAGAAAGUAUGAAGUCAAAGCCCAAGAACUUCAGGGACGUCUGGAUGCAGAGCUUGAUGCAAGAGACAAGAUCUCUCAGUCAUCACAAAAUGUCCAAACCAAAAUUACGUAUUUAGAAAAACAGAUUGCUGAAUUGCAAGCAAACUUGAAGACUGAAAGUGAUGGCCAUGCAAAGAACAAAAAGGCUUUGGGAGAUCUCCAAAAGUCAUAUGCAGUUCUUGAAAGAUCAUAUGGAGACCUUCAGGAGAAGAACAGAGUACUAAGCGACCAGAAGUUAUCGCUGGAAAGAUCACAUAUCAAAGUUCAAGCUAGUUUAGAAGCUGAGUUCAACAUGAGAGUCCAAGCGAACACUGCUAAAGCAGAUCUUGAAUCACAAUAUCAAGCAAUCAAAGAUGAAUAUGAACAACUCAAAGCAAGGACUGCUUCCGAUGCACAUUUACAACAGAAACUGCAACAAGAUUUGAUCAACCUUGAAAAGGCUAAAGCCAAUACAGAGUUUGAACUGAAGUCAUUACAGCAGAAGUUUGAUCAAGCAACACUGGAUUACAAGUCUCAAAUAUCGUCAUUCAUGACUGAAAAGAAGCGUUUGUCACUCACACUUGAGGAGCAGCACAUUCAAGAACGAGUUGAGCAAAGUAAAACAAUGGAAAGACUCAAGGUAGAACAAGAARUGAGGGCCAAGGCUGAAGCRGCUGCUGCUGAAGCAGAGAGAGCAAAGACUGUUAUGGCUGCAGAUUAUAAGGAUGUUACUCAGAAGUUUGAGAGAGUGAAAGAAGAACUCAAGGCUCUUCAAGAGAAGAGUGAGAACACCAAUCAUAAAUUGAUAGCUGAGUCUCAAAAAAGAGCGCAACUUGAAGGAGAACUUGAGGCUCGAACCCAAGAACUUGCAACAACCAAAAGUACAGAGAGUCAGAUCCAAAAGCAAAUGGAAAGUAUAUUGGAAGAAAAAAGGCAACUUGAAGAAGGUUAUUCUAAAUUAAAGAGUACAAGUGCCAUGGAUGACUUACAACUAAAGGAAUUACAAGAUCAGCUUGAAGCAGAACAGUAUUUCUCAACCUUGUACAAGACCCAAGUCAAGGAACUAAGAGAAGAGGUUGAUGAGAAAAGUAAACAUGUACAGGUGUUACAAAAGAACAUAACACAAUUACAAGAAGAAAGGGAAUCCCUUGCUGCUCAGUUAGAACUCACUUUUACCAAAGCUGACUCUGAACAGCUUGCUCGUUCUAUUGCUGAAGAYCAGUACUUAGACUUGGAAAAAGAAAAGACGAUGAUAGAAUUAGAAGUCAAAGAACUGAUUGCAAGACACAAGAGUGAAAUAGUGGACAAGGCAGCACAGAUAUCACAACUAGAAGAYCUCAAUCAACAGCUGACAUCCAAUCUUGAUCAGAAAGUUCACGAGAAGGAGGAUUUGAAUAGUCAGAUCAACAGUAUACAGGCUGAACUUGACAAGGCCAAGGAGGAAAGCAAAGAUGUGGAAAGUGCAACAGAACAGCUGAAAAAGCAACUUCAUAGUGAAAAAAUUCUCAAAACUCAGGCAGUAAAUAAACUUGCRGAGAUCAUGAAUCGUAAAGACUUUGGUAAAGACAAUCAAAAGAAAAACAAGGUUUCGUCAGUAGAACUAAGAAAGAAGGAGAAAGAGUGUAAAAAACUGCACCAGGAAUUAGCACAGGAGCGUGAAAAGUAUGCACAGAUGACCUCAAAAUACCAAGGACAGGUUGCUGAGUCUACUGCGAAUCUACAAAUGGAAACAGAACAGCGACAAAAGAUGCAGAUGGAGUUAGAGUCCAAYGAUCUGAUGAUAGAACAACUACAAAAUAAAUUAAAGAAUGCAACGGUGAAUACACCUACUGUUACAGAAGAUCCUAACCACUCCAUAUCAUUGAAUAUGAACAAAGAAGGUUGGAUAUCUGUACCAAAUAGACAGAAUAUUAAAAAAUAUGGCUGGAGAAAACAGUAUCUUGUGAUUAGUAGCCGUAAACUCUUUUUUUACAAUUCCGAUGCUGAUCACAGAAAUAGUUCAACGCCUAUCAUGAUUUUAGAUAUUAGUAAAUUAUUUCACGUCCGGUCUGUGACGCAAGGCGAUGUAAUACGCGCAGACGCUAAAGACAUUCCUAGAAUAUUCCAGAUUCUUUACGCUAAUGAGGGCGAAAGUAUAAAUCCCAAUGAGAAAGAAAAACUAGAAGACCAGCAGUCUCCAGAGGAGAAAAUGGCUGCAAUCAACUACAUGCGACAUCAAUUUAUCCCAAUGCAUUUCCARAUGCCAACUAAUUGUGACUCGUGUAGUAAACCAUUAUGGCAUAUGUUUAAACCUCCGCCUGCACUCGAAUGUCGACGUUGUCAUCUUAAGUGUCAUAAGGAUCAUGUGGAUCGUGAAGAAGCUUGUAUUCAAUCGUGUAACGUGAACGCAGACCUGAUUUCAGCCAAGGACUUAUUAGUUCUGGCAGGUUCGCCAGAGGAACAGAAGGAAUGGGUCUUAUACCUCAGCAAGAAAAUAGUUAAAAAACAACCCAAAUCAAAAAGUUCGUCAGUUCGACACCCCGGCGACGAUCAUAUUAUGAGAAGGCAUAUGGGUGAUCGUUCCAUGUCGAGCUCAUCGCAACGCGUUCAACCGCCUCAACCUCAACGAUCGACAUCCAUGUCUUCACAGCUCAGACACAAGACAUGAAAAUACAUACACCAGGAUCCAUUUGGUGUAAAAUUCGUUACAAAUGUGCACAUAAAGAUGGCCGAUCUUUCUCCAUAUAUGGUGGUCCUGAUAAAGUCGCAGUCCAACAAUGAACACGUUUUUGAAUUCCACGUAUCGAUAGACUAAAUUCUCGAAAAUACUGCGGUACAUUUGUCGUUUGUACAUAGAUUAUCUUCACAGUGUACGCACUAGGGGAAAAGUUGAUUACGCACUAGGGGAAAGGUUUUCACSGGAGAAGUUCUACUGUCAACUAMGGUGACAGGGCAGUUGACUUGCGUGACGUGACGUGACGUGAAGGUUCUUGGCGUAUUAUAGUGAAGACAUUAAACCUGUGAAGUAAUCACCUCUUAAGGUGUAACAAUCAAAUACACAAAAGAGAAAACAGUGGUUUUAGUGAUUACGAAAGUGUAUUAGUCUUUUUCACGGGUUUUUUGACUUCACUCAGGUGACUUUAUGUGGUUGCGUGACUUGAGCUUGUGACGAUUUGUSUUGCGUGAUUCAACGACGGAAUGUCAUCAGGAAAACUGUUGUAUAGUAAUAUCGUUUUGUCGGGACCUCAUAAUGUAUGAUAUUAUUUUUACACCUUCGCGACAUUUGCAUUAGCAUCUGACAUCCAUUUUUGGUAGCAAAGUUAUUCACAUAAUUUUCUAUUUUACUUUUGCUAUUCCUAAUACUAAGAACAAUAUGUGGGAUGUCAUUUUCAAGUGCCCAUUAGUCAGCAUGAGCGCUGAAGAGAAUCUAAGACAAAUGUCAUGUUUGAUGGUACAAAAUAUUUGAGGACGGGGCUCCGGGAAACYAAGGACUUGCCCUCCUGAGCCUCGUCUUCAAUUCUUUUGAGCGUGGUUAGGAAUCGGAGAUAUUUUUCUUGCUGAGAAUACUUUCGUAUCGUUAAAUCGUUAUAAAGUUUUAAACAUGUUGUGAAGUUUUUUAUUGGAGACGGUGAAAAGCAUUGGAGUUUUUUCAAAUUUCGAUGAUAGUUGUCUAUCGGGGAAGGUUACACGCGCAGUACAAAGGAUCUGAUAGUAAGAAAUAUCGUUUUGUUAUUGKUUGUUGUUCAGUAUGCUUGCCGCAGAUAAGUUUGUAUUACAAUUUAAGAUGAUUUAAUUAACUGACUCUGAUCAUUACUAUGCUCUGAAUAUAUUAAUUACGUUCUGUGAUGACACAGAAAAGCGUUUGUAUUAACAAUCUGUCUGCGGGCAGGCAUUUCAUUUGAGUUUAAUGAAAGACAUAAGAUGGUUAAAUAGAAAAUCUGUAAUAAAUGUUUUUGAAAAGAAGUCGUUCAA